AUGGCCGCCACGUAGGCACGUAAAUUAGCAGGGCGGCGACAGCUUGCUGGGGUAUCUAGUGUUCAUAUCAAUGAGCUACAAUGCUAAAAUGUGACGAAGAGAUUUAGCUCACGUUAUCGUUUUCAGUUUAACUAAUUUUGCUUAUCAAGUUUAUUAACAUUCGCUUUAACGUGUUUGUCUAAAGUGACGUGAAGGGUCUCGUUCACGACGACGACGAGGCCGCUGAAAUAGACGGUCUCGGCCGCUCACGGCAUGGAGUUGGCGUACGUGUGCGACUGGGAGAGACGCCCCAAAAGCACCCACUGCCCCUCCGUCCCUCUGGUCUGCUCCUGGUCCUGCAGAAACCUCGUGGCCUUCACCACCGACUUGAAGAACGACGACUGCGGCGACCCAGAUGUCAGUCACAUGAUCCACAUCAUGGACACGGAGCAUCCCUGGGACGUGUACUCCAUCAGCUCGGGCCACGCUGAGGUCAUUUCCUGUCUGGAGUGGGACCAAUCAGGCUCGAGGUUGCUGUCGGCAGACGGCGACGGGCAUAUCAAGUGCUGGUCCAUGUCGGAGCACUUGGUCAACAGUUGGAAAAAUGUUCUGAGCAGUUCUCUGGAGGGAGAUCCCAUCGUGGCGCUGAGUUGGCUGCACAACGGCGUCAAACUGGCUCUGCACGUGGAGAUGGUAUCCGCACCGUCGCCGCCGUCGCCGCCGUCUUCCUCAGAAAUUAAGCGCCGCCUGUUUGACUUUCAGUCGGGGUCCACAAACUUUGGCGAGAAGUUCUCUCGGGUUAAGUUCUCUCCGUCUCUGACUCUGUUUGGCGGGAAGCCGAUGGAGGGCUGGCUGGCGGUAACGGUGAGCGGUCUGGUCACCGUGUCGCUGCUGAAGCCCGGCGGCGCUCUGCUCACGGCUGGCGAGAGUCUGUGUCGCCUGCGAGGACGCGUGGCCCUGGCCGACAUCGCCUUCACGGGAGGUGGCAACAUCGUGGUGGCCGCCACCGACGGCAGCAGCUCUUCGCCCGUCCAGUUCUACAAGGUGGUGGUGAGCGUGGUGAGCGAAAAGUGCCGCAUCGAUACGGAACUCCUGCCGUCCUUGUUCCUGCGUUGCACCACAGACCCGAUGCGGCGGGACAAGUACCCCGCCGUCACGCACCUCAAGUUCCUGACCAGAGAGAACUCUGAGCAGGUUCUGCUGUGCGCAUCCAAUCAGAGCGGCAGUAUCGUGGAGUGUUGGUCGCUGAGGAAGGAGGGGCUUCCCGUCAACAACAUCUUUCAGCAUCGAUCGCCCGUCGUGGGCGAGAAGCAACCCACCAUCUUGAAGUGGAGGAUCCUGACCACCACCAAUGACCUGGAGAGAGUGUCUGCCGUCGCUCUCCCCAAACUGCCCAUUUCCAUCUCAAACACUGACCUGAAGGUAGCGUCGGACACCAAGUUCUGCCCCGGACUGGGUCUGGCUCUGGCCUUCCACGACGGCACCAUCCAGAUCCUCCACCGCCUGUCCCUCCACACCAUGGGCGUCUUCUACGGCUCCGCCUCCUCCGCCGGUCCGAGCCAGCGACCGGGAGAAGAGUCGGCCAUUAAGCGCCAAAGAACCGGGGCGCCCGGCCUCCAUUUCAAGACCCUGCAGUUCUCCUGGACCUCGCUGGCCCUGGCCGGAGUCGACAAUCACGGCAAGCUGCACAUGCUGCGAGUGUCGCCCUCUAUGGGUCAAGUGUUGGAGAUGAACACGACGCUGCGCCACCUGCUGUUCUUGCUCGAGUACUGCAUGGUGACGGGCUACGACUGGUGGGACGUGCUGCUGCACGUGCAGCCCGGCAUGGUCCACAACCUGGUGGACCGACUCCACGAGGAGUACAUGAGGCAAAACCAGGCCCUGCAGCAGCUCCACCCUCAAGUCUCUGCUCAGACCCCACGUCCUCAACACCCCCGACAAAAGCCCAGGAGACCGCCUGAGCGAGAUCUGCGCCAAGAACAUGGACUCAGACAUCGACAAGGUGAUGAUCAACCUGAAGACGGAGGAGUUCGUGUUGGACGGGCCGCCCCUGCAGUCUCUGCAGCAGCUCAUCCAGUGGGUGGGCGACUUCGUCCUCUACCUGCUAGCCAACCUCCCCAACCAGGUGAGCCGGCCGGCCGACCGACCGCGGCGCGCCGAGCCGAGCCGAUCCGAUCCGGGCGGCCCGCUUCCUUUUCGUCUCGCUCAGGGUUCCGUGGUGCGGCCCGGCUUCGGUUUCAUGCGGGACGGAGCGUCUCUGGGAAUGCUGCGGGAGAUGCUGGUGAUGAUCCGGAUCUGGGGUCUGCUGAAGCCCGGCUGCCUUCCCACCUUCACGGCCACGUCGGACAGCCAGGACAGUUUGCAGCUGCUCUUCCGCCUGCUCACCAAGCUGUGGCUUUGCUGGACGACGCCCCCCCCCAGGACCCCGACGAGAGCCUGAUCGACGAGUGCUGCCUGCUCCCCAGUCAGCUGCUGGUCCCCGGCAUGGAUUGGCUGCCCGUCAACGACGGCGUCAUCGUCAAGCUGCAGGGCAAACAGCCAAUCAGGUUACACUUUGGGAAAUCGGCGGCGCUCGCCACGCCGGAUGGCACCGGCAGGACCGCCGGCUGUCAGAGGACGGACAACCUGCGAUGUGUCCACAUGGGCGUUUGUCCCACAGAGGACAGCAAGGCCUGCACCAGGUGCGGCUGCGUGACGAUGCUCCGAUCGCCCAACAAAAGCAACGCCAUGAAGCAGUGGGAGCAGCGUUGGAUUAAAAAUUGUUUGUGUGGAGGUUUGUGGCGCCGCAUUCCGCCAACACUCGCCUGAAGCUUCUCUUCGCGGCGCACUCUUGUACCUUCGAGUUCACGAAAGCGUCUUAUUCCCUCACUUGGACUUGUCAAGAGGGUGACACAUCUUUCACCCUCUCGGGCGACAGAGCGAGGAGUAGAUGAGUAGUUUGGCGUAGAUGAUUCAGGUUCGGCUAACUCCGAGAGAUGUGCUGAAGAUUGGUCGCCAACACGGACCAUACGCUAGCUACACUUCUAUUGUCAAUUCUCAAUGUGUGUGAUAUUUGUUCCCUACCACGGGAAAUCAGUUAACUGUGAACAUGAUCAGUGUCUUCAUUCUGUUUUAAUAAAAGCAUAAUCAUUCACAAGUGUGCAUCAAACUGGUAACCCUUGGCAUUAAUGGCUACCCAAGAAAUAGCGCUCCCUUUCAAAAAGGUUGCUAGAUUAGGUUAGGGUUCAUACUUUAGGCAAGGCUAACCCUGAUAGACGUGAUCAAGAUGCUACUUAACCCCAACCAACGCAUGUCUGUUUUAUUUCUGGGAAUCACGACUUGAUGCAAGGUGGACAGGAAGCGAGAGGCAAAAAAACAACCAAAAACUAGAAUGUUGUCGUCACAAAAGAAAGCACUAAUUGUCAUCGUUACUAAAGUCUUCACGUGGGUUUUGUCAGCAGCUGACUGGAGAAGUCGUACAAAU